AUGAAUUGCUUCGGCAGCAAAUAAUCAAGGCUGAAUGUCUCAUGGUUGAGAGAGACAAUGCCAAUAAAAACCUGUUCAAGGCACAGGAGCAAAUUACUGAGAAGAUAAAGACACUUCUCCAAAAGGAUCAAGAAAUCCAAAAUGUUCUCUGUGAGGUCAAUAAAAAAAAAGCAGAGCUGGCAGAGAUAAAGAGAAAAUAUUACUCUGUGAAGAACCAGCUGGAAAGAGUGAAGACGGAGCUGUCAGAAACAAAGACCACACAGGGGACAGCUUUAGUCUCUGCUGAUAAGGACAUAAACCUCUUGAAGAAAACCCUGGCCAAGGUUGACGAAGAGAAGGAGGAGUUGGCCAGAAAGUUAAAGAAAUGCAAAGACUUGGUAGGGAAGCAGGAAAAGAAGAUCCUCCUGCAAUCCUCAAAGCAAGAAGUGUCAGACACAGAAAAUGUGAAAAAAGAAUAUGGGAUGCAAGUGAAUGAAUUAGAUAAAAAAAAAAGCAAAUUUAAUUUGGUAAAGCUGUUCCUGGUUGUGACAAAAGAAAAAUGUGAGUGUGCAACCAGGAAGAAAAAACAAAAACUCCAGCUGGAGGAAAAAGACAAAGAGAUUGAGGAUCUGAAGCACAAGUUGAAGGAUGCACUUCAGAAGCUCAAAAAGUGCCAGUGGAGUCACAGACGCUUUGAGGAAAAGCUCAAAGCGUCAAUCGGGAUGCAAAUAUUUUUAAAGAAAUAUGAUGAGUCUCAGAAAGAAGAGAUUGAGAGGCUGAAAGAUGAGUUGAGGAAGCUCAAGGUGGACUCUUUUCUAAAAUCAAAAGAGACCCAUUUGCCCCCACUUUUCAAAAAGCCCCAGCACCCCUCGGAAGACAUAUCAAGAUCUAAACGCUUCCCAAUCACCACCACCUUCCCAAAGCACCAUCAGGUACUAAGUCUGACGGGGUAUAAAAGCUAUGCCACCAAAAAACUGAGUCAGCUGUUACAACAGAAGGACAGGAAACAAACCCCUGCAAGGAGGCUUGAGGUUGCUAAGCUAACAAAUGAAGCAAAAGAAAGGGAGUUUCUUGUGGACAAGUCCCAGCAUCAAUUUGAAGAAAAAGUGAAAACUGCCCCCCUCCCUCCCAUUCAUAGAAAACAGUCGUGUACUGCUGUUGGUAACCUCCAAAUGAACCCCCGCCCCUCCCUUAGUCUCUUGUGACUUAACAUGUAGGGAUAUACUCACUCACUUACCGAGUGGGGGAGUGUAUCCCAGCACUGGGAUGCUGCCAUGAAAAUACGCAAACUAGAGGCAGCUCUCGCAGAAGAAAGGGAGUAAAAGAAAGAGGCCGAGAGAUGCCUGGUCACACAGAUUCAGGGGACCUCCAGAAUGCAACAUGCCGUGGCAAAAGACAACCUGGAAAAAUUGCAAUGCCAGUGGGAGGAGGAAAGGUCCUGACUCCUGGCUGAGCAAAAGGGGGCAAUCUUGUGCCUUAAGGACCAGGAGAGACUCUAGUGGCACAAGGAAAGUACCAGCCACAUGGAAUUUCUCAGGAUUGUCAAAAAGGCCCUGGACAAUAAGGAGGAAGAGAGAGCAAAAAAUAUAGAGAUGGACUCAUGGAGAAACUGACAAAACUAUAAAGUGCAUGCAGCUCCUGCACACAGCU